GGGCGGAAGAAAAACGACGACGUGUUUGGUGUGCGGAUAACAACAGUGACACGGGUUAGAAAGCAUGAACAGGUGAAGAGAGAGGGAGAGAGUAUACGGUUUAGGGCUACUAUUAACGGAGGAGACAAUGUCGACGAUGACGGAUUCUCCAGGCUCCGACCCUGAAAACGAACUCGAACAAAGUUCAAACCCUAACCCUAAUCCACCGAGUCCCCCUGUCGUUUGCCUCCUCACUUGUGCCCGCGACUCCGCCGGUAGCGCUUUCAUGGGCUCCAUUUUCGGCUACGGUUCAGGAUUGCUUAGCAAGAAAGGGUUUAAAGGGUCCUUUGCCGAGGCAGGAUCUUCUGCCAAGAAAUUUGCAGUUUUCUCCGGGGUUUACAGCUUGGUUAUCUGCCUUUUGAAGCAUGUGCGCGGCAAGGAUGAUGUCAUUAAUUCAGGCGUCGCUGGAUGUUGCACUGGUCUUGCUUUGAGUUUCCCAGGUACACCGCAGGCCCUCUUACAGAACUGCAUCACCUUUGGCGCGUUUUCAGUUGUCAUUGAAGGGUUUAACAAAACGCGGCCAGCACUGUCACUUCCAUUGUCUGAAAGAAGCAAGAGCAGGCACUUCAGUACACUACCCCCAUUAGCAAUCCCUCUCCCACAUGAGCUUAAAGAGUCUUUUUCUCUUUUCUGUCAAUCAAUUAGAAAACGCGACUAGGGAAGUUAUACUUCUGCUCACUAAGGCCGGAAUUCAUUUUGUUAUGCUUCCGGUUGUCUAGAGAACUGGUGAUAUGGCCAUAAUUUGUAUGUCUAAAUUUUGUAGGAUGUGUUGCAAUCUACACUUUCGACUGGCUUCCUUUUUUGACAUCUCACUUUAAGCAUCUUGAUACAA